AUGGUUGUUUGGCUGUCAAAGAAAGAGCCAGAAGGGAGAAAAAUAUCAGAUCAGAUGAAGAGCACAAACUUGGGAGAUGAAACGAGGAAUGGCGUGUGGCCUCUGAUACUCAAUGUCACACCAACACCUCUCAAAUCUAAGAAUCAGUAUGGCUUAUGGCCAACCGGCAAGUUCACCUCCAAGUAA